UACCUGAAGUGAAGGACAAGCAGGGGAUCCAUUGCUGGUGCAGACUUUUGAAUCCAAAAAAGUCAGAAUCUUUCAUUCUGAUCUGUUGGACUAUCACAGCAUAAUGGAUGCAUUGAAGGGUUGUUGUGCUUUGUUUUACUGUUUUGAGCCUCCUUCUGAUCACCCCUCCUAUGAUGAAUUUAUGGGUGAGGUUGAGGUGAGAGCAGCUCACAAUGUGCUGGAAGCUUGUGCUCAAACUGACACCAUUCACAAAGUCAUUUUCACUUCUUCAAUUACUGCUGUUAUUUGGAGAGAUGACCUUACUAGUACUACUUCCACUUUUUCUGAUUUUGAUGAACGAAAUUGGAGUGAUAUCAACUUCUGUAAAAAGUUGAAGCUGUGGCACGCCCUAUCGAAGACCCUGGCCGAGAAGACGGCGUGGGCGCUGGCCAUGGACCGAGGAUUGAACAUGGUCUCCAUCAAUGGAGGGCUGUUGAUGGCCUCACACCUUACAAUCACCAACCCUUAUUUGAAAGGAGCUGCGGAGAUGUAUGAAAAUGGAGUACUGGUGACUGCUGAUCUCAAGUUUGUGGUGGACGCUCACAUCUGUGUUUUCGAAGAUAGCUCUGCCUAUGGACGCUAUCUUUGCUUCGACCGCGUCGUCAACUGCAACCAAGAUGCGGUUGAGCUGGCUCGUAUGCUAUCACCGCCCUCCUCGGCCAAUGUCGCCACUUUGGAGGAGGAUACGUCAGUAUACCAACAGAGAAUAACAAACAGGAAACUAAACAAACUCAUGGUUGACUUUGAUAAUAGUCUUAUUCAGCUUCACUAAUUAUAUAGAUUGUCUUCUUAUAUGUUUAGGAUCUGUGCAAGUUUAGACUAAAAUGCCAUUGAAAAACAGGUAAUUGUGAUACUGGAAUGGAACCAAGAAAGCCUUCUGUAUUAGUUGUUUCGAAAGAAAAUAUGUAAAAUUUACAUAUUCUUAGCUUCA